CAUAACACAAAUUUCCCUUUUCCUUCCCCACUUUCUUGGUUCCUACUUGCGACCUUCGUCGGAGCUUCCUCCUCCGACUUCUUAAUCCGCCGUUGGCUCCCUCCUCCUCCGCUACCCUGGAAAUCACAUCAAAAUUCAUCCUUCUAUCUACCGUCUUCCCCUUUCUCUCUCUUCAGUAUGUGCGAACGACCUAAUUAGGUUUUUGCGCCUCUCUAAUGCAGCAGCAACCACCUACUCACCCGGAUUUCAAUCAGUCCGGAGGAACAACGUCUCCACGCGCUUCAGUAUGUCCGUUACUGCAUUACCUUGUUGUCACGCGCUUUCUAGUGGCUCACCUCUUCCUUCUACGGCCGGAGCUAAAAAUAAACUCUCUAAACCCUAUAUCUCAUUCAACCGGACUGUUCGCUUGUUAAAGUUAUCAUCUUCAAAUACAUCGAGAAACAAUUGGAGAUUUUCAUGCUUUAAGAAUGACGAAUCAUCUUCAGAAUAUUCUGCUUCUGAGACUUCAGAAGAUAUGAUUCCAGGAGAAAUGGUAGAACCAGAAACAAAACAACCAAAUGUGAAUCAUGAUUGGGUGCUAAACUUCAAAAAGGCUUCAGAUGCUGUAUUUACUGCAGAACCAUGGACAGUGCCAUGGACAGCUAAGACCAUUUUACAGGUGAUGCUCCUCUGGAUUGCUUCAUUUUGGUUAGUAGGAUCAUGGAUAAUACCAUUUAUAGCCCACACAGCAGGUUUCAGAAAAGAAUCCCUAACAUACAGAGGCCAAGCCUUAUACAGUCUUUUAACAGACAUAGUCGAGGGUAUUUCCGGAAUUGCAAUCCUCAAACUUUGUCUUGCUAAAUUCUACCCUCUUUCACCCGAUUGGUUCAGAUUUUCCCUCAAAGGAAAAUGGCAAUUGGAUGUAGGUCUAGGCUGCCUCAUGUUCCCUUUGGUCAACCGUCUCUCACAAGUCAACCUGAAUCUACUCCCUUUACCUCCACCGACACCUGUCGCGAUCUCAAACGUUGAACAAUCGAUAGUGGCGCGUGAUCCAAUGGCUAUGGCGCUUUAUGCCAUAGUAGUUUCCGUUUGUGCCCCUAUAUGGGAAGAGAUUGUGUUUCGAGGGUUUCUUUUACCUUCAUUAACAAAGUACAUGCCUGUUUGGUGUGCGAUUUUAGUGAGUUCGUUAGCUUUUGCUUUGGCUCAUUUCAAUAUUCAGAGAAUACUCCCACUUGUGUUUUUAGGGGUUGUUAUGGGUACUGUUUAUACUCGUUCUAGAAACUUGUUACCCUCUAUGUUGUUACAUAGCCUUUGGAAUGCCUUUGUAUUUGUAGAUCUUAUGAGAUAGGUGAUGCUCUUGCUAUUAUUCAUUUUCACCAUUUGUAUAAGCAUACCCUUUUCUUUUAUUUAUUAUUAUAAAUCCAGUAAUUCACAUA